AACGGCACUUUGUCAAUAGAUUUAAGCUUCAACAGUCUGGCAACUUGUCAGAGCUGCCACGCUGCUGCCUUUAGCUGUCAUUUUUAAACAUUCGUUAAGCAAAAGCUAGAAAAAAAGUUAAUUCAUGUCAAAUAAUAUAAAAGGACGAGCAAAACUAAGCUAAGCAAUCAAUGUUUUUAAGAAAACAUAUAUUAUAAUUUUAAAUUAUAUUCUAAAACAAAACUAUGGGCGCAGAGCAAUCGGCUUUGUUAGCCUGCACCCAAACGGGCAAACCUGAAAAGCCACUGAAGCUGGAAAACGCUGAACAAUUUUUUCAAUUGUAUUUCGAUAGAAUGCCUGAACCUAAAACGGGACCUGUUACAGAGGCGCUGUUGCAUUUAAUAAUGAAUGCACCGCACCCAAACUUAGAGUCCAGGGAGCGAGCCAGCUGGGCGAACCAGCAGGAACAGGAUUCGGGCUAUGAGAACGAUGAGCCAGAAACGGAAGAGCCUAGCGAGGAGGAGCUCGAUAUCGAUAUGGUAUCGGAGGAGGAAACAGUUGAUCAAUUAUCGGAUACUGAAAUGAGCAUAGAAUCUAAUUCUACUAUUUAUAAUAAUAAUGAUGACGGCGAUAAUAAUGAUAGCGAUUUUGAACUGAUUCCAUUGGAAUUUGUCGAUCUGCAGCCCAUCGAGAGUCUCAAUAUGGAAGAUCCGCAGCUGGAAUUCGAGAAGGAGUUUAUAAUAAAGGUUGCUGACUUGAAUGAAGAAUUAUUAUAG